AUGUUGUUUUUACUAGAAGACGUGUUUGCAAAUUCUACCGACGUGUUGAAUUUCACCAUCGGAAUCGGAAACGGAACGACAAAUCAACGAGUCCCUGCUCACAGGCCGCUUUGGUUGUCUACUCUCCUUGUCGUGUGUCUUUCUACGCUAGCCGUAUUCACCGUGCUUAGCAACUUACUAGUAAUCUGCGUGGUCAUACGAUACCGUUUCUUGCGGACAAUCACCAACAAUUUUGUGGUAUCUCUGGCGUUCUCCGAUCUAAUUAUGGGACUCUUCGUCAUGCCGUUGGCGAUCGUGUACGAUCUCGAGAGCGGGCAGUGGAAUUUUGGUCCCUUGUUCUGCGACAUGUGGAACGCGACCGAAGUGUUGAGCGGAGUAGGAUCGAUGGCCAAUCUGUCAAUGAUUUCCUUUGAAAGACAUCUGGCGAUAGUGCACCCUAUGACUUAUCGACACCGGGUUACCAGGGAGAAAUCUUAUCUGAUGAUAGCUAUAACGUGGAUAGUAGCCUUGUCUUUAUCAUAUCCGUGUAUAUUAUGGUGGCAUCACACCACCGAAGAGAACAUACCACAACACUUAGUUUGUAAAUUAACGCAAGAUAGAACGUACCUGAUAACAGCCGUCACCUGUGGCUUUUUUGUGCCCUGUUUCAUAAUGAUAUUUGCCUACUUCAGAAUCUAUUUAAUAGUUAAACGGCAAAUGAAAAAUAUUUACGAUGGGAGACGGGCUGUUAGAUCCCCGGAGGGAGUUAAAAGUGAAGACAACGUACUGCGGAUUCACCGUGGUAACACCGCCAGCAUUUCGAGAAACCCUUCGCAAGAAGAUAUUUCAAAACGCAGAAGAGUAAGCUUGAAAAUACAACGGGAGUAUAGGGCUGCCAAAAUGUUGGCAAUUGUAAUUGGAAUUUUUUUUAUUACGUGGCUGCCGUACAUGACAUCAGAACUGCGAAUUAGUGUGUGUGGGUAUCAGUGUCUGCAAUUGCCGAGCGUUGCACUGCGUGUAUUUAAAUGGCUUGCUUAUGCAAACAGCGCUCUCAACCCACUCAUAUACGCAAGGAACAGUCACCGUUUCCAGUAUGCGUUCUCUCGUGUAUUUAAGUCGAUUGUGGAUAGAACUAAGUGCAGUAUACGAAAUCACACGGAACACGAACUCAACAACGUUCCAAGUAAGACGAGAAUGAGACGAAACAACCCUGAAUCUAGUUUCGUUUCUGAAGUAGGAACGAAAAAUCUGUAG